ACGGUCGUUCUACUAUCCUCGAUUAACGUGUUCGCCGAGGAUGAUCCCAAAGAGGACCACAACAACCAUAAAGAGAGCAACGGUACCACGACGUCCAUUAAGACCGACCAUGACACUGUGGCCAGCAACGGGACAGAUAAAAUUCAAGGAAGUCGUAAAAACAGCAGCAGGGAACUCUCGCUUCCGAAAAGUGAAGACAUCGCUAAAAUAAUAUCCGAGGAUGCUACUGGUGAUGAAGAGACCCCAGAAGAAUUGCCAGAGUUUCACAAUAGACGCACCGAGGCAAUUACUAGGAGUUUGAGGAGCAAUAAAGAGAUGGUGGCUGCUCUGUUGGCUGAUUAUAAGUCUCAGGAUUUCGAUGAGUCUGGAGAGAGUCUACCUAUCUCGUUGCCACUGGAGAAUAAGUAUGAGAAUCGAUAUGAGAGCAACGAGAUUAGGAGACGUUCUGAUGUGAGUUCGCCAUUUGAGAACGUCGAGGAGGGUUUCACUUGUCCAUCGGUGAUAAAAUACGCCCGACCCCAGCUAGCCAGAGCAGCUUCCGGUAUAUGGAAGUACAUAAUAAACACCGGCGAGCAUACACAGACCCUACGAUUAGAGAAAUGCUCGAAUCCUCAGACUAGCUGCUCGUUCAUUUCUGAGAACUAUCGGUCCUCCUGCGUGCAGGUGUACAAUUAUCACAGGCUGUUGACUUGGGACAGCAAAUUGGGCCUUCAUAUGGACAUCUUCAAAGUACCGACUUGCUGUAGUUGCCACGUUCAUGGCUAUACUGAUUUAUUCCCACCGCAUCACAGCGACCCACCGCCUAGGGCCAAGGAAUCAUUCCCUGGGUCAGACUUUGCUACCACCGACCAAAAGGAUGAUUUUGAAAAUUCGCAUAAACUGAAUUACCUGAGCAAAUUUGCCAAUGGCUUCGACUCGACUCUUGAUUCGAGUAAUAAGAAGCCUACGAUAGACAGUGCGCCCAGUCGACCAACUUUCACCCUCCCCGUGAGGCCAAGACCGAAGAAGCCCUCGACGUCGAAUUCAAGACCGUUUGACAAACUGCCUCAGCAGCAUGCGCCAAAUACCAGGGCCCCAGGGUACACUGGGCCCUUAUUAAAAGGUUCCAGACCUACCAGAAAUAACAGACCCUAUCGAAGGGAAUCGACGUCUCAUAUUGAAGAACCGAGUGACACGAAUAAAACGACAUUG